AUGUGGUGGUGUGACGAGCUCACCUCGAUGUUUACCCUGGGAGACUCCCACAUUGACACCGGCAACGCUCUCAUCAUUGCGGCACCGGUCAUGCCCAUAUGGACCGACAAGCCUCCUUACGGCGAGACCUUCUUUGGCCAUCCCGCCGGCCGCUUCAGCGAUGGGAGAGUCAUCAUCGAUUUCAUUGCUGAAGAGUUUGGUCUCCCGUUCCUCCCGGCCGUCCUGGCGAAGAGCUCGAACGUCUCGCAAGGCGUAAACUUUGCCGUCGGCGGCGCGACGGCGGUCGAGGUCGGCUUCCUCGAGAGGAACAACCUGGUUCCGUUCAAGCUCCCCAACAACUCAGAGCUAGGCUGGUUCGGAUUCGUCGGUGACGUUCUGAAGGCUUGCUGCGGAGCUGGCGGCGCCUACAACUGGGACCCCAACGCCUUCUGCGGCAUGCCCGGGGCGGCCGCUUGCCGGAACCCGUCGGCGUACGUGAGCUGGGACGGGGUGCACUACACGGAGGCCGCCAACCGGUACAUUGCCAGGGGGUGGCUCUACCUCUACGGCCCUUACGCUGAUCCGCCGAUUCUGACUGCUGUUCAACACUAA